AACUCGUUCUUGGUUUAACACUCCGCUUAUUAGCAGUGACAUGUUAAUGGGGAUGAAAAGUGGCAAGUAUGCAUCCUUGUCGACGGAAGAGAUUGUCCGAUUGGAUCAGAAGCAUGUUUGGCAUCCGUACGCCGCCAUGCCCAACGCGGUACCGUGCUAUCCGGUACAGUCGGCUCACGGUGUGCACCUGGAACUCACCGAUGGUCGCAGUCUUGUCGACGGCAUGUCUUCCUGGUGGGCCUGUAUUCACGGAUACAACCAUGAGGCUUUGAACGAUGCGGCGAUCCACCAAAUUUCGCAAGUGUCACACGUCAUGUUUGGCGGACUAACCCACGAACCAGCCGUGCAACUGGCGCGACGACUUGUCGAAGUUACUCCUCCUGGUCUAGAACACGUCUUCUACUGUGAUUCCGGGUCGGUGGCGAUUGAAGUCGCCAUGAAAAUGGCUUUACAGUACUGUUACAAUGUUGGUCAGAAAGACAAACAUCGGUUCUUGACAAUUCGCGGCGGCUACCACGGAGAUACCUUCGAAGCCAUGUCUGUCUGUGACCCAGUCAACGGCAUGCAUCACUUGUUCGCUAAAAAUCUACCGUCACAGAUUUUUGCGCCUCGGCCCGAAUCCAAGUUCGACAAGGACGAGGACGACAAGUCUAUCUUGCAACGUGAUGUCCAGAGUGUGCGAGAGCUAUUGGAAGUCAAUCACGACGAAAUCGCUGCGAUUAUACUAGAACCCAUUGUACAGGGUGCUGGUGGUAUGAGAUUUUAUAAUCCAGCUUACUUGACCGCAAUUCGUGAUUUGUGUGAUGAGCAUCACGUAUUAUUGAUUGCGGACGAGAUCGCCACCGGAUUUGGACGGACAGGAAAACUAUUCGCCUGCGAACACGCCAACAUCUCACCGGAUAUCCUGUGUAUCGGCAAGGCCCUUUCGGGAGGAUUCUUAUCCUUUGCGGCGACACUGACGACCGCCAAAAUCUCGCAAAAGUUUGCACAAGGUGAGGCCGGUGUUUUCAUGCACGGUCCGACCUUUAUGGGCAAUCCACUCGCUUGCGCCGUCAGUUUGGCGAGUUUGGAUUUGCUACAAAGUUACGACUGGGAGUCAAAGGUGCAAUCUAUCGAAAACCAAUUAAAAGUGGAGUUGGAGCCCUGUAGAGAAUCACCAUUGGUACAGGAUGUUCGGGUACUGGGCGCUAUUGGUGUGGUCGAAAUGAAAGAGGCGUUCGAGAUGCGGAAAGUACAGGCCGCUGUCGUGAACGAAGGCGUCUGGCUUCGCCCCUUUGGUAGAUUGUUGUAUACCAUGCCCCCUUUCAUAAUUCAGCCAAGCGAAUUAAGGAAGAUAACAAGCUCAAUGGUGUCUAUAGCAAAACGACGAUUCCGCUGAAACGGCAAGGAAGCAUGCUUGUGGGAUCCGUGCACACGAUCUUUGUCCAAAAGGUCACGACAGAUUCUUGAUGUUUAACGACAAGCAAGAAAUCUCUGCAUUUACCAAUAGGUGCAAUUAGUAACCAGCAAAGACGACUCAUUGCUCCGGAUGAUGGGAGAUGACACGCCACGGCCACGGUGAGCCAACUUUUACCCCAAAUGUUUGGCCAAUGUCACCAGAGCGACGCAACGAUAAGAUUUCUAUG